AUGGUCGAUAGUGGUGUCCCCCAGGGUUCAGUACUGGGACCCAUUUUGUUCCUUAUCUACGUGGACGAUGCCGCAAGAGAUUUAGACUGUGAAGUUGCAAUGUUUGCGGAUGACAUGAAGAUAUGGAGUGUAAUUCGGGGUCCUGCUGAUGAAGACAGACUGCAGGUGCACCUGAAUCGGUUGGAGGAGUGGUCAAACCGUUGGCUCCUGCGGUUCAACGUUGCCAAAUGUAGCAUACUUCGUCUAGGCAACACAGCCAGAUCCGCCAGCACAAGAGACUACUUUCUGGGCGGUGCAGCCCUACAAGAGGUCGAAGCCCAAAAGGACCUCGGUGUGCUUACGACGAGUUCCCUAAAACCAUCCGCCCACUGUUCGAGGGUGGCAAAAACCGCAAUGUCCGUACUGUACGCCAUCAAGCGUGCGUUCAUGGACUUUGACGAAGAAGCUUUCUCUAAGACAUUCGGAACAUUCGUCCGGCCGCAUUUAGAGUACGGCAUAUAGGCUUGGAGGCCGUGGGCUGUUGUGGAUCAAAACUGCCUCGAAAGAGUCCAGAGGAGAGCCACGAAGAUGGUCAGGGGUCAAAGCUCCUUUCUUUAUGCAACCCGCCUAGUAAAUCUGAACCUCUUUCCUUUGAGUUACAGGCCACUUCGCGGAGAUCUCUUGCAAGCCUUCCGCAUUGUAAAGGGGUUGGAUUGCAGUCUGGCCUUCGAGGACUUUUUUGAAUUUGCUACCACGAACAACCUCCGAGGUCACCCGUUAAAACUGCGCACUCAGCAGGCACGGCUGGAUGUGCGGAAGUUCUCCUUCUCGGUUCGGGUGGUCAAACCAUGGAAUGGGCUUCCUGCAGAUGUUGUGAUGUCACCAUCUAUACAAAGUUUUAAGAAGAAUCUGUACAUAUUUAUGUUCCGAAAUGACCAAGAGCGUUGAGAAGUGGAGCUCACCCCCUGUAACUCCAUUUCAUUUUGUCCCACAAUUAUGGGCGUGUUCGAACUAUUUCAGCCCAGAACAUCUACCUGUACACCACACUUUUUUACGUUGCAAAUAGAGUACUCAAAGGCGUACGCCUAUCUCCCUCAAUAAACUGAACUAAACUAAACAAUCGCAAUGAUAAGGCAACGCAUCUGUUUACUGUAAGUCAGUGUGGAAAUAUUGUGUAUGGCAAAGUGUUUUACAGAGCUGGCUGUGAGUAAUCAUGUUGUAAAAGUCGGUUUCUGCCUUCAAAACUAUCUUUCUACAGUUUUUGAUGACAUUAGACUUUUAUUCGUUCAUACAUUCAGAGCUCAGUGUCCUUCUACAGCUUCUAAUGCCAUCCCGUUAGUAGAGUACUGAUUUAUGAGAGGGGCAUGUUGCCGGGGUUUAAGUGCCGGACCAUGCAUUUGAGCACAAUAAACUUUUAAAUCCAUCUGUUUGACCAGACCCUCCGUUUGUCGAUGUUCGACUGCAACUGCUUUGCGUCAUCGUCGGACCUGACUUCAUUCCAUAGUUUUAUGUCACCCGCGAACAUAAGAGCUCCACAACCUAGUUCGCUGAAGCAUUCAUUUACAUAAACCAGGAAGAGUAGUGGGCUUAAAACAGCAUCCUGUGGACACCAUUUUCAACUUACUACUUAAUUUGCUAUGUUUAAACACACAAUUCAUAGUCCACGAGGUACCGGCAGCUACACGAGUGCACACAUUCACUGUUAAUCUGGACCCAUGAAAAGGAUAUCUGACGUACACGUUGUUGGUCCCAGGCAUAUUGCUGAAAGUCUCUAGCACGAUAACUGCCUGUGUCCGCGGUAUUCAGUAAUCAACCAUUUUCCACCAAGUCGUUUUGAUUGCAAAAAGCAACCUAACUGUUUACGCAACCAUAUUGGCUUCUGCGACCUUGUUCUAGCACAUGAUCAAAACCAUUCCUUUUACUCCUUCGUACAAGGGUCCACAGGCGCCCGAAAGACAAAUAAAUUGCCUAAACACAGGUAUAUUUUCUCAUGAAAUUAAUUUUAAUGCUAAACUUAAGGUUUCGCACAUCUUUCUUCGCAACACUCAACUCUAGGUUGGUUGCCUCUCUAAGAUAGGGUCUAAUGACUUUGCGUCUAAUGGUUUGAAAUAUAUCAAAAGUACGAAACAGAGCAGAAAUAUGAAUUCCCGGAAAAUACGUUUCCAAACAUUUAAAUCUCUAGCUUAUUUAUAAAUAACAACUACCAUUGGUAGCAGAACCGAUUAUUGCUUUAGAUUUCCAUACGACGUAUUCAGUUCACAGCUUACAUACCCGUCUCCAAAUUUUUUUCUAAAUACCAUCGGCAAAAGCCCUGCUGUUCGAACUACACUAUAUCUAUAUUAUUGAAUGCCAGGUCUGUUAAUAACAAGAUGGCUAAAUCAGGGCCACUGCUCUCAAAAUGACGCCUGAUAUUAUAUUUAUAAUAGAAUCUUGGACCCAUUUUCGAAUUCAUGAAUCUGACCUUCCUAUAGAUUACUUCGAUUUUUAUCCUCUAGACCGCACUACUAGGCGUAGGGGCGGUUGUCUUCUUUAUCUUACAUCCUACUUUAAGCACUCUCCCUAUUACCUGGAUAUCUCCUCAUUCACAGGAAACUUCUGCUUUGCAUCUGUCAUUCUCUCGCCGCAAAGAAAGGCAAUUAUUGACUGUAUCUACAAACCCCAAACUGUUCAGCCACUGAUGUUUCACAGCUUUGUGAAAUCUUUUAGUCAAUUUUGAAAGCUGCUUUUGAUGUUAAAAUAAUCACUGUGGAUUUUAAACUUCCCGAAAUAGACUCACUUUCCAAUACCUGUCCACCUAGAUUCCAGCCCUUCCAAGAUAUUGUCAAUUUUUCUAACUGGUCCCAACUGGUGCGCUCUCCAACAAGAGAUAUUCACACUUACAUCUGAUUUUUACCAAUGAUAUGGCCCCUCUUUUUGUUGCUCCCAAAAAGGACCCUUAUGAUAAUGACCAAGUAUUAAUUCAUUUUUGCUUACCGCAUCCAUUUUCAAAAAAGACCAACACCUCUCGGACGUACCUAAACUACGAUUGCGUAGAUAACGACUUAAUAAAUAACUAUAUUGCUAAGGCCCGUUUGUGCGCAACCGUUUAAAAUCCUCCGAUCUGAGCUAAAUUGAAACUUGUUUAAAAUUGAAAUAUUUGACAUAUGACGUGUUUAGCCAUAAUAAAACCUCAUGCCCAGGAAAACAUACUAGUGUGAUGCCUCUUCUCCCUUCCAGAAUGUAGUAAUGGUGACACAAGCGUCAAUCACUUAAUAAACGAUAUACGUAAUAUAAAAACUGAAUAUAAGAUAAUCGCAGACGACCUAAACCGCCCAGAAAUAAAGUGGUUCGAAUUACCGGCACCUACCAGGCACGAAGAAUUGUCAUCUUCAAUUAUCUUUAUAAUCUAGACACAAAUAGUUGACAAACCCGCCCGAGUAAACAAUAUACUAGACGUUAUUUUCACAAAGGACAUCUGACCCUUCUAUAUGCACUACGACUGCGUAACCUUUGAAAGUGACCACAAAGCCAUAACAUCAACACUCCCCUUAAAAGCAAAAUUAGCACCCCAUUUUAGUAACAUCCGCCUAAAUCCAAAAAAACUUGACAAAACCUCCAUGAACAACUAUAUUAGGUAAUCGGAUUGGACCCCUUUUCUUCUAACAACAUCCCCUAUGGAAGCAGUUAACCUACUGUACUCUGUUCUAUAUAUAAUUCGAGAUACUUUCAUAGACGAAAGACUCCCGUAUAAGAAAUCACUAAUUCCACACUUCCUUCGAACUAAGCUAAAAAAACUAAAAAAACAGCUACACAACCCAUCUGUAAGUUAUUUAUCCACACUUCGACGAAGUAGAGAAAGUUAAGACCUAGUUACGAAAAUGGAAACACAAAACACCAUAGCCGCAGAACAUCGGGCAUUAGAAUUCCCUAAACGAACAGCGCAGAUGUUCAAGAAACAAAUGACUAAUCAUUGGCCGUCAGGACCACGAACUAUUAUUAAUGAAUUAGGAGAAGUUAUAACCAAUGACAACCAAAUAGCAAACGCAUUCAACAAAUAAUUCUCAAUUAACUACACAGUCGAGGAGGGAGCGACUCCCCAACUGACCGAAAUGACAGAACGCAUCCUUACUAAGAUCCUUUUUAGUGCAGAAACUGUUAAGGUAGCCGUUGAACAACUAUUCAACGCUAACUCUAAUGGGACGGACAAAAUCCCCCAUGUAUUCUGAGGCAUAUGACAUAUGCUCCAAUACUCCUAUCUACGUUAUUUACCCUACUCCAGUCAAAUGCAUUUUUUCCGGACAUGUGGAAACACUCGACCACCGCACCUAUCUUUAAAAGCGGCAACCGAUCUAAUACCCAAAACUAUCGUGGUGUUCACCGAACACCGGCUAUGGCUAAAAUCCUCGAAAAAAUAGUCUACAACCAAGUACUAGAUCAUCUCAUAGACGCCAAGCUCAUUCCCUCCUCUCAGCAUGCAUUUUUACCUAAAAAGUCGUGUCAGUCCUGCCACCUAACUUUUUUGGAAUUCGUUUCCAGCAAUAGAGAUGAUGGAAGCACAGUAGCUUCAAGAUACUUCGAUCUAACCAAGGCCUUUGACAAAGUCCCCCAUAAAAGACUACUGAUAAAGUUAAAAAGUCAUGGAAUUAGGCCUCCCUUUUUAGAUUUUCUUAAAUGCUAUCUUCAAAACCGACAUCGAUUGGUGCAAAUUCGAAACGUAGUCUCAGAACCACUCCCUAUUACCAGUGGAGUACUUCAAGGCACUAUCCUAGGCCCGCUUCUAUUUCUCAUAUAUAUUCACGACUUAUCGUCCACAUCAGUAACAGCUAGGACGUCUUUAUAUGCGGACGACCUUAAACUUGCAUAUGCAUAAAACGGGAACACAGUUGCCAAUAUUCACAGAACAAUUGAAAAUGACGUCAGAAACCUCAGCGAAUGGCAUCAUCAAUGGCAGAAGCCCUUUUCACCCGAAAAAUGUCAACUCCUGAUCUUUGGCCCACAAAACUUCCGCCCAUAAUUUUCGAGGAUAAUGAAGUAACGGAGACCCUAUCGGUCUUAGUCCAGACAAUUAUGACAAGCCUCCUGAAAAACACGAACAAAAUGUGCGACCGCGCUUUUACAGCUUUUUACGGCGAGCCACUCACUUGUCCGGUCUUCUCUACUGCAAUUAUCUUUGAGGCUGCUGCUUCUUCAAGGGUUGGCUUGAGUUCAGUACCGUAUGUCAACUCUGAAUUGCAUGGAUCUUCAGCGUCACUCAUUCUUCAAUCAGAAGCUCAAGCUAGUGCGUAACUCAGUAGAAGGAGAACGGUCUGUACACAGGAGAUUUAUAUAGUGAAAUAGGGUUAAAGGGGACAGAGGGCGUAUAGUCUCAAUGAAGAUGGGGGAUAACAGCGGUCAAAAGGAAUUAUUAAGUACUACAAUGCUGUGGUUCUGGAGUAUGUACUACAUUCAUUGGAGUCGUCUCCUCAACUCCGUUUGGACACUCUUUCUUGUCUGUAAAGUGAAGAAGAAAAAGACUCGUCCGAAGCACAGCACCACAAAUCGCCGUUUCGUCUUUUUUGACUUCCCGCCAACUUCGCCCCAGUCUGACACCACAGACUGACAACCACCAACUGGAACACGCCAAAAUUUACCCAACUGGAAAAUACUUUCAAGGUCAGGCCGGUAUCAAAGUUCUUUAAUUUCGAUGAAGGACAUAUUAUUCAUGCCCCCCCUCCCAGAAACUGCCAAACUACACACUUCAAUUUUUAUAUUAUACAUAUCGUUCUUUCUUAAAACUUUUGUUAUUAUUUUUCCGUGGAAGUCAGGUUUUUUUUAACUUAAAACAAGCUCUCAAUUCGUGCUUUAUUGGCUAAACGGACACCCAAAACAAUUGAAGUCAAAGUGCAGUUGAAAUGGUGCGUUUGUUUCCUGUGUUCAAGGGAGACUGACAGUGCCCAAAGAGCGUUAUAAUAAACCUAUUAUGUUCUAUUCUAUUCUAUCAUUGGAUUGGUUUGGCGUUCUCUCAUGUGACCAUUCUUCGUGAUGUCAUGUCCAAUGUUUCCAAGGACAUCCUAGUUUGUGCCGCAUAGGUAUCUCAAAUCCAAUUCUUUAGAUUUCCUUGCCUUUACUUUUUUUGCAAAAGACCGAAAACUUUGAGACAGCACUUGGGUGACCUAUCCACUAGCUUUUAAUCCGUUCAUCUUAGAGUCACAGAGAUUUUUGAAGUGGCCUCACGGAUGCGCCAAGCGCGCGACAGACAAAGAGAACCACUUGCUACCAGUGAUCCGGACGCUGGCAAAUCCAUCACUGAAAUCUUCUGUUAUGGAUCCUCCUCGAAACGUGGUCACUAAAUACCACCCCUGAUAAAAGAUAACAUAAUAUCCCUCAUUGAGGACAUUGACAAGGCGGAUUUUUUAAGUGUUUUCUUCGCAAAACACCUUAUUACUGAGUCCGACCCAGGCCCUUUCUUUCGCUCACUUUCAGAUGGGACACUGAGUACAAUCGAUGUCUCCUCACAUCUUAUUAGAAAGUUGUUAUGAGCAGCCAUCAUGGCAACAUCGCGCCUCUCGCUGGCGCCUGCGCCUACGCCCUAGCGAGAGCCUGCUUGAGCCCGCACGUCUGCCCAGCUUCGAUUUGUCUCGCUGAAACUAUUUCUGCAUCACACAUCUGGUCGAUUCUCUACCUACACCAUGCGAGGAUUGUCCCUGACUUCGCGUGGGUUCAGAACCAAUGAACGUAACCCCUCUCACUGACUGGUUACACAUCGGACAGAGUAAACCACUGGUGCAAACAAUCUGCCACGAAAUGUUUGCGGUGGUGACUUUCUGCGACACACGGCUGGUCGCUCUGGCGGACGCCUCAUUUCGCGGCGCCGGACGCACCUUCUUCUAUUUUUCCGUUCGGAAUAAAUAAAUAAAGUGUUUCGGUGCUCGACUCUUCUUCUUUAAUUAUGCACACACCUAGAGUUAGAAAUUUCGCCUUCUUUCAUAAAAUUUUCUCCCCAACUGACGUCCCACUUCUUACUACCUGGCAUAUGGCCUGAAGUUGUGGCGCACUAAAUAUACACUAUUAGCGCUUAGCUGCUACAAAACGCAUAAGUCCUUUGAAAACUCACACUGUUCGGGAACGAACGAGAUUUCAAAUCGGCUUCUUAAACAGGCAUCCGACCUUCGCGUAUUGUUUAGUCAUUUAUUCCUUAGUUAUAUUUGAAAAGGAUUCUUUCCUGAAACAUGGAAAAAGUCAUUUAUCCUUCUUGUCUUCAAGUCUGGAUCUCUGUCCGAUGUUAAUAACUUUCGGGGUGUGCAGAAAACACUGUCUUUAGCAAAACGUCUUUGAAGGAUUAUCUUCAGUGAAUUUCUCGAUCGAUCCUGCGAAACAUGACGCUUGACAUUUCUUAUCCUAAUCACUUCCCCUCGUAAUGAGCAGCAGUCAGUGGUAGUUAUCUACUUUGGUUUUAGCGAAGCCUUCGAAAGUGUGCCCCAUAGACGCUUUUUGGUAAAAUUAGAAGCUCUCGGCAUCCGGUCACCUCUUCUCGACAUAAUCCGGUCCUAUCUACCCAAUAGAUAUCAGAAAGUCAUGGUUGGUAAUAGCUACACGACACCUCACUCGAUCACGAGUGGCGUACUUCAAGGAACGGUUCUGGGUCCGCUACUCUUCCUUCUUUACAUCAAUGAUAUUUCGACUGAACUCAGAAAUUCGCAAACGUUUACUUAUGCCGAUGACCUCAAGUGUGUUUACAUAUAUUCUAAACAUACCUCAAAUGUUUGUGUUAAAAAAAUUAAUGCCGGCAUACUAUGCUUGAGCAGAUGGAGUUCAACAUGGCAGAUGCAGUUUUCAACAUCCAAGUGUAGUUUCAUGUCUUCUGGUCCUGCCACCUCCCUAGCCUCAAAAUUUUUCUGAAUAAUUCGCCCUCAGAAUGGUUAACCAUAGAGGACCUAAGUUUGAGUUAUGCAAAUUAACUUGCGUUAUCACCUCACGCAGAUAGAAUCUUUGCCAAAGUCGCACAAAUAUGUGAGUUCAUAUCACACGUCGGAAAUGAAGCGAAGACUUCACCAAAUGUUUGUCCUUCCUGUCCUCGAAUACUGCUGUCCUUUCUUUGGUUUAAUGAACGCCGGUGACCGCAGUACAAUCAAAGGUUUUCAGAGGGUCAUCGCCCGGAUAUUGCUCUCUCCAGUCGCAAUACGUACUUCUUAUACUCAGAGAUGUCAGCCGGCGAACACUAAGUUUUUGUGGGUUAGAAGACUCGACGCUGGACUGUGCUUCUUUUAUUGCAUUAACUUUAGCUCUAAUCUUCCGCUCAUUGACACUCUCACUCCGAAAGAUCAGUCUUAUGCCACCCGCAACUCCUGCAUGGCGAUUACUUUGCCUCUUUGAACUACAUCUAAGCGCUCCCUCUUUUAGGCUUCCAAUUAUGCCUUCCUUUCGAAUAUUCUUCCACCAGCAACUAGGUCAUUGCGUAAGAUACUUGUAUUCAAGUCGAAAGUUCUCAAAUAUAUUACACCGGAGAUUUCAAAGGCACUGUUAACGGCCUCAAUUCCGAACGUUCAGCUUGUGGACUUCGAGAAGGGUCCUCCUGGGAUUUAUUAGCAGAUCAAGUGGAACUUUACAGCCCUCUGUUUUUAAUUGGCUGAUAAAUCCCCUGUUACCGCUCCGUCCCUACAGUGACGAAUUUCGCGGCUCUUGAUGUCAUCUCCUCAUCUCGAUCUGAAGCGGUCUGUCAACGCUCAUGGCGGAACCCUCUAUUCUCUUUGUCCACUAGUAAUUUGGUCGUACCUGUCUUGCCCACGCCUAGACUGAACUGGAAGUGGACUGGAUUCGAUUGCGUCUGGGUUCAAUUCAAUUCAAUUCAAUUAUUUUUAUUAAAGACCCGUCGGGGUCCCAUCAAAGCAAGUAAAAUAAAUUUACAUGCAAUUUUAGACGAGGUAGGCAAAAUCUGUACAAAGUACAAUACAUAGUUUUUGAGAUUAGAAGUCCGUUAAGCAAAAUGAAAAUGAAAAAAGCGAGGGGUGAAAAAAAACUCCAAAGCAAAAUUUAAAAAUGAUUGUAGUAAUUUAACAGGAGGAAAAAAAACCCCUCAGAAAAAUAGCAUCAGAAAAAUAUAUUUGCUGAUGUAAUUGAUGACUUUAUUUCUGUUUAUCGACAUGAAUAGGGUGCUCAAGGGCGAAAGCCUCAUUCCCUUAAUAAACUGACUUGCCUGCAUGUGGCGGUACAGAAUGGAAUAUAGUCCGACAUCUACGUGGCCGAAAUAAAUGUCAGCUGUAUAUGUAUAUGUAUAUCUCAUAUCUCGCCACUUUGACGCGAAAAAUCUCAUCCAAUGUGUGAAUUCUGCUCAUACGAUGUCCGUAUUGAAUCUCUUAUGCAGAAAAACACGCAGACUGGUCCUGUCUGACCCGCAUAAUUACCCCUCCUGGCUGACAUUUAUUUCUGCACUGAUAAUGUCCGCUUAUAAUCCGUUAUACGCUGCCACAUACAGGCCGGUGCAGUGCGCAUUUUGAUCCUUUUAUGAGCGACAGUUUUCUUCUCAUUUCAAGUUAAUCCAAUCACUAUUAUUAUUCUAAAAUGGAGUUUUUCACCACCCGCUCAUCAUUUUUAUUAACGGACUACUUAUUCAAUAACUAUUUAUUGCAUUUUGUAUAGAUUUUGUCUACUUUAUCUGAAAUUCGUAUGGAACUAUACUUUUUGCUUGCUUUGAUGGGGCCACGACGGGUGUUUAAUAAAAUUAUUUUAUUUAUUUAUUGAAAAACAGGCAUCCCAAGAAAUAUAAUUAGAAAGAUGAAGUUCUUUGGGAAACAGCAAAAUUUUAUUGUGAAUUUUCGAGACUGGUUCCCCAGUUCGUCUUCAGACAAUGGGCGUGCAAAAACAAUUAACUUUUAGCCUGAGUCUAGCAAAAGGAGUCAAUGAUUGGUUAAUAUUGUCAUCUCGGGAUUGGCUGACUCAGUUUGAAUCUGUCUUUAACGAUUUUGUAUGCGGCAUCUAAAUCGAUAUGCCGGUUGAUGCAUGCCUCAUCUGAGUGCAUUGCUUCCAGGAAUUCGCGGCCUUUUCUUGAUUGGCAGGCGCCAACAAUGCGAGUGUUCUCCCAUGCGAAUUUAUGCCCAGUGUCUAGUGUGUGCAUGGCCACCUGGGAUAAAUGGUCGCGUCUCUUCACCGCUAACUGAUGCUCAUGUAAACGGGUUGAGACGGAUUUCCCAGUUUGGCCACAAUAAACGGCAUCACAACUAGAACACGUCAUUCAGCGACCAAAUAUAUCGUUUACUAGUGUGUUCGAAAACUGUACUAAACAAAUCUGCAUGCCACAAUAUCAAAAGAGUCUUAUGACGCACGCGAAUCUUGAGAAAGUCCCUUUGCUCACUCCCUGUCAAAUUACUAUUCUUUAUAAAUUAAUCUAGAAGGGAUAUCUAAGUAAUUAACUGGACAGAAAAAGAUUUAAUGACUUUUCGAAAGGAUGGUGAGCAACUGAAGGUUAUAACGCGAAAGAGUCUAAAAAUUCGACAUCAUAACAGGAAAUAUGGACUACUCUGCCCUGCAAAUCCCUCACAUCCCACCUUUUGUUUAAAUUGGCAAUAGUGGAUCUAUUAGUUUACCCUCACGCCCUUCGUUUAGAGGCGCGCCUUACAAUACUGCAGAAAUGUCGAAGCACAUGAGCCUUGAUUUCUUUGCGAAUGCAGAAUACAAUAAACUAAAUAAUUUCUAUAAAGAUAACUCCGCACUUUUGGCAAGGUAACUGCUGGCGAGAAUGCACUUUUGAGACUUUGUGUAAGCAUUUCGGCAUCCUGAUGCUUAAAUGGUUGCAUAUGCGUAGGCAAAUUAAGUUUCUGAAUUUAGAUGGCAUUAUUUUUUUAAAUAACUCAAAAAACGUCGGCGAUCUUUUAAUAAACGCCCAAUAAUGCGUGUAACAUCAUGAUUGCCAGUUUUCAUCCUUUGUUAUUGACAUACGGUUACUUAAGUAACCGCGAUUGCGUCGCAUUAGGCGGGGUUAAUCUAGCCAGUACGUGUGUUCGGUCGAUUUGCUACAUUUGCGCGUUACAAGAUGAUUCAUGGUUUUCGAGGAUUACGCUUUAGGCCACAGGCCUGAUAUCAUAAAGGGUACCCUGCCAGCACCAGCCCCGCCUAGCCCCGCCUGGCCCCCUCAAUAUUGGCGGGGCUAGAGGGGGCUAUGAGGGGGCUAGGCGGGGCUGUGGAGGGGGCUGUGGCGGGGCAUGCAACGCGAUAGCCCCGCCUAGCCCCGCCAGCGAAAAAAAAUGCGCAGGGGACGCCACAUAUGUGGCGUCCCCUGCUGGGAUAUCCCAGCCCACUUUUGGCACCACUUUAAAAUAUCGUCCCGAUUGUCAAAUAUACGAAUUAAUAACACACAGAGAUUGUAAACCGGUGGACAAAUAAGAGUUUGCGCAAUGCGGGACUUAAACGAAACCUCAAUAUAUUGUGUUCAUCCGCAGCUACAUUCAGUGGGCGUAAACGGAUGCUUUCUCCAUGAUUUAUAAGCCAAUUUUGAUAAAUUAGCUCCUUUUAAUUCCAAAGAAGGUACAAUAAGUGGUGCUUUUGAAACAUAUCUUUCGAUGCAAAUAAGCUUAAAAAUGCUUCAAUGCAGAGGGGGCUCUGGCCCCACCCAGCCCCUUCCAGCCCCGCCUAUGAAGGAGCCAUGUGCUGGCAGGCGGGGCCCUGGCCCCACCCAGCCCCUUCCAGCCCCUUCCAGCCCCGCCUAUGAAGGGGCCAUGUGCUGGCAGGGUAUCCAAGGGCAGCGAAAAACGACGUCCUUCUGCGCACUUUUCGAUGAAGAGGUCACAGGAGCCUACAUCUGCCUGUACCAAUGGUACGGCAUGCCAUAGCUCUGCCCAGUAACCUUUCAAUCCCCACGCAGAUAGUAUGCGCUAGUGUUGGGAUGGUGUUGGUAGAGAAAUGUCACGUAAGCCAGUUGGGCAACUGUUACGUACUUGAUUGUGCUAAUUACAGUCAGAAUACUUCAGUUCAUUUCAUAUAGUCCACAUAGGAACUACCUAGCAACACUAAUGUCGCGCCUUUUAUAGGACCAAGCGCCUAAGCAUUGUGCUUGCAAGAAGGACACACUGUUUCUAAAAUUUGCACAAACGUGUGUACAAUCAUAAAUAUAUCAAUCGUUGCUGCACAAUAUUCUGCGGAGGAAAUCGAUUAUAUUUUCAUGGUAAGUAGUCGUAGAAACUUUGUCAAUAAGUGUACGUUUUGGUUCUGCGAAAAGGCAUGGUGCAAUUUUAGUUUUGACUUGCAGGCCCGUUUUGUAGGGAAGCGGGUUUGUGACGUUUGGACAUCUAGAUAUAAUUUCAAAAAAGUUGUUAUUUCAGUAAUUGUUUAUGUCGUGUCCAAAUCUGAGCAUAACUUUAUUGAAGACUUCGAAGCUUGGGUCGAUAAUUCCUUAACGCGACAGCAACAUUCAAAGAUUUGUAACGGUUUUGAAGAUGUAAUAUGUCAAUGAGUUCUCUAAACAUAUUAUAUCAGGGGAGGCAAUAUGCAAAUGAUGCAGAGAAAGGUCAGAGCCAAAACCAGCAAUGCAGAUGACUGAGCAAAAAACAAAGGACAUUGCAGGCUAUAACAAAAUUGCAAGUACAAAUCAAGAAAUAAUAGAAGGCUAGCAAGCAAUUUUAAAAGGACAUAAAAUGUGCAUGGAAAAAAGCUGCUGUACAGGAAAGACUAACCAGAUUAGAAAGAAAACUUUAAAACGGAAUUAAAACAAUGGGCUGAAACCAAAAACGUGUUGUUCUGUCUAUUUGUAUAAUAAGAGGUUGACUGAGACAUUGAUCAUCGCCAAGACAUGUGCAACUUCAAAAAUUGACUUGCGUUACUGUCAGCAAACGAUCCCAUUCUCAAAAGAAACUAUUUUUAAUCAACGCGCAUCUAUUAAGCUCUACCGUCUUCUACAUUGCCCGCAAGGUGAAGAUGAGAUUAAUGAUGUUUGGACCAUGUCUUGGUUCGCAGGAGCUCCGAUCGGCCUGGCGAUGGGAAACCUUCGCCCUUCGGGAGGCCUCUACGUAUUCGUGUCUUGGUUCAUCAACACGCUACGCGCAUGCCAGCUGUGAAGCUUUUGACUACGCAUAGGGCUUGCAAGACUACUGACUCUUCUACUGAAGAGCAAUGAUACAGUUUUUUAAAAACGCCUGCUUUCUUAGCCCUUCUGAUGAAUGUUGAUAGAGUUUACCAAAAAGAAUAUUCGUAAUAAAACAAAAAAUUUAAUAAAUCCAAGUUUUUGAACUCUGACAAAAUCCAAGAAAACUGAACCAAAUUUAUCCCGAUCUAGACGUACAUACAUCCCUUACACCAUACUCGCGCUAAGAGUCGUAGUAUACUUAGCGUUUUAUGAUGCGGUCAAGAACUCCUGUAUGUAGAGCAGAAACGUCGCGGUUAUUAAGAUUUUAAAAACAAGUUAAUAUCAGAAAGAAGUCUUUGUAUUUUCUGCUGGCAUUUUGGAGAUACUUUUUAUUUUUACAUGACAGAUUGGACCCAAAAAUACUUUUGUCUAUUACGACAGUGUGUAGAUUCCAGAAAAUUUGGUACAGAAGAGUGGUAUUAUGCAAAUUUACCAUAUAGCAUUAAUCGAUCCUCGAAAUUUGUUAACUCAAUUCGAGCUUGACCUUACAGUUCUAAAACGCCCUUAAACGGGGAGUGGUUGCUUGAAACACCUAACACGUAUUUUAUAUACACGAAUGUGAAGGCACGAUAGUAUUAAUAUUAGGCUUUUAAGGAACAAAUCCAUAAUCUAAGAAAAUAUGUUAUUUACUGGACGGAAGUGGAUGGUAAUUAAUAGUGUGAUUGCUGCCAGCAGUGGAGUAGGUUAUUUGAUAACAUUUCAGCCGCACUUGUUUGUUUUUAAUGUGAAAACUUUUUCAAAAGUAAUAUUUUACAGGACUUGAACACGCAUACUCCUCUGAAAAAGCGCCUUGUCGGCCUAUAAGCAACCUGUGCAACGCUCUUACGUACUUCUCCAUGGAAGUUGACAGUUUGCUACCAGGAAUUUAAAGCCAUUUUACAAGGUGCCCAUAUGGCAAGUACUUAAUAAUUUUAGACACUCACUGUCCUAAGAUUGACAUUUUAAAUACCUUUGGGGGGAAAGCUGUGAAUAUAGUGAAAGUCGAACUAAGGCAAGGGUGAUUUGAAUCCCGUACCGCUGGCUUGUUCAUUUCCGGAAUGCUUGUUUGAUUACAUAAUUUGGAUGAGAAAAAUUAAAAGAUUUUCCAUUCUUUUCAAUUUCCGAGGUAAAAUAUAACUAGGCGGGCAUUUUCCGAUGUUGCUAUUUAGCCUACGACGGCCUUCGUGCUUACUUCAUAACCCUUAUGCAGAAAAUCAUCAAUUCGCUACUCAUCUCAUGCAUACUCUCUUGGUCGAGCUUGGUCUGCCAAAGUAACUGAUUUUCAUAAGACAUCCAGCAGUGUCAUAUCAGAGAAAACUUUCCAUUCAUUCUCAUCAUUAAACUGUCAAGCGUCACAUAUCCAUGGUGAACGUCGAACCUGCAACAUCUGACCAUGUGACGCAAAGUCCGUAAACCUAUCGUUUAGAAAUGGUGUGCAACUCUUGCGAAUAAAGAACACCAAGUAACCGUAGGUUGUCGUUGGAUAGCACUCGUGGGGUUUUAAUAUCUGGAAUGGAUUCUGAGGCAGACGAAGGUCCCUUAACGCACACGUCCCAGAAGCCUAAAUUUGAACGCGUAUUCAACAGUAUGAUUUCGAAGUCCUAGGUAACGUUUGAUGCUCACUUAAGUAAGCUGUUAAGACAAUACUGACUGACAGAUGUUCUUCCCAGAUUACAUGGAAGCUUAUUUAAGGUAUAGCACAAUUUUGCGCCUAAAAAUCUCUUAACGGAAAAAAGAAGUCGACAAAAUCUCUUUUUUGAAGAAAUGCGGUGAUAGAGGCAAUUAUUUACACGUAUUUUUAUAAUAUAACGUUUCUCGAAAAAGUUUAAACAUAGUAACAGUUUCGUACAUUCCCUGUAAAUAACAGAUGAAAUAACUUUAACCUAAAGAUUUGUUUUCUUUCAUAGGAAAACUAGUGAGGUAAACAUGGCACAAUAGUUUGCUUGCUCAGUCUGGCUUUACAAAUAGCUAUCCAAAAUAGAAGUUAUUCUAGAAAAGUUCGUGCCGCUACUGUUGUGUCAAAUACGUUUCGGGAAGGUCUGUAAACACCUUCUAAAUGUGUUCAUGUUUAAAUAUGAUUUUAUAUAGAGAACCUAUUAAAGAGAAAGUUGAGAGCCUCUCCAUUUCCAUGAUUUUCUUUUUGUGCUUCCAAUGUGCAUCGGAUCCAAAAUUCAUUAGUAAAAUGGAGAAAAUACGAAUAUUUAUACUCGCCUUUGCCGUUAUCUUAUAAGCUGAAUGCCACUAAUAUGCAAGAGAAACAGUCUGUAUUUGGGCCCUUUAUAGUGAAUAAGGAAUGCGGAUUCAUACUUGGGUGUCUACACCAAGUUCAAUAGGCAGAACGGUUUUUUAAACACAGUUCUGCCAGGCUAGAAUAUAUUUUAAGCGGUUCGUUUAUUACUGCAUGCUGUCGAUAAAUAAUUUAUCUUAGAAUGUCUGUGGCAUCUUCUCCGUAAAUAUUUGAGUUAUCUAGUAAAUGCUCUUGAGCGCCAGUAAAUUGUUCUAUUUGUUGGCAGAUUCUCCUCGUUACGUGGUAGCUUAAUAUUUACCAGUCGGUAGUGUGAUUUCAGUUAAAAAUUGCAUUAUUCAAAAUUGCCGCAGUAACAAUUAAACGUGGUUUCUCAUAGUCCUAUAUCUUAAACCAACAUUUUGGAUAUAUAAGUACAAAUACACAGUCAAUCGUUCUUGCACCGCUUUAUGCAUUUGCAUCACGUCAUAGAUGCACAUAUAGCAAGGUAGUUUAAAGGUUACAUAUAAGGCUGAUAGUUUUUAAUAUGCAGGAAUAUAAUAGGUCUCAGUUAUUAAGCCUUUAAAUGUGGUUUUAUUCCGUCUUAUGUCAACAUUAGACAACUAAAAAUAAAAUUUUUCUCAUAAAUAAUUUUUUCCUGAUUUUAUAAAAAUGCCUGAAGGAUCAAUUACAGAGAAGCGUUGCUGCAUUCUUUGCUGCCCCGACAAAAUCAGCGUUGGAAACUAACUCAGACGGAUCUUUGCCGGAAUUUAAUAACAGAAAAUUCUGAAAUCUGUUCAUCAUCUGUUGAGCCUCUGCAAGUUAAUGACAUGGUUAAGUUUAUACUUUCAAAUUUUCUAUGUAUAUAAAUUAAACCUGAUGUCCAUUCAUUUAGGCGGUUUUGGAUAUGUUAUAGAUGGUGGCUUAUACGCAAAAUACAUUCUGGACACCCGUUGGCUUCGUAAAACUGGCGUGACCACUGAUUAGAAAAAACGUCUGUUCUUCAGUUGUAAAGAUAAAAACUAUCAGAGGAUAAUAUCGGAAAAUGAUAUAAAAAUAACUUUUAAAAAGACGCCUAGUAUCCUUUCAUUUAAUAAUAAAAACAAUUCUCCCAUUGUAAUUCCAAAAAAUUCAAUAAGUCUGUUUUUGGAUAAAAUAUCGCAAUUGUACAUUUUGUCCUCAAAAUGCAACUUUAAUAUUUUCAUAAUAGCAAAACAUUUAAGAAACAACCUGUUUUUUGAGCAGGCAUUAAAUUGCGUUGGUCACUUGCCCUAUUUUACAUCCUUGUUUUUUGGUAUAAUAACUUGUAAAAUUCUGACACUGUGCUUUAACCGCUUCAAGGACAGCAACGGAGAUUUCUGCAUUGAAAUUUAUGAAGCUAUUCAUAAAUUGCAAAUUUCGGGCGAAGAGAUAUCGGCAAAUGCGUCGAGUAUAGCCGAAAGCUUACAAACGGUUUUCCUCUCAACGCAAGAAAGUGGAGAACAUCGUAGAAAAUCCCUUUGGCAAGGUACGGUCAGCCCAGCUUAUUUGACCCAUAUUCUGUGGAUGUCAUACCAAACAAAGAAUUUUUCAAAUGAUGAGUUCACCUAAGCAAAGGCACACGCAAUAAAUUACUUAAGCAGUACAGGUUAAAACAAUUAUCAAAUAAUGAUAAAGAUUAGUAACCGUUGCUUUAUUAUAUGUUACUUUUUAUACACCUUUAGCUAGAUAUUUUAUCAUAUAAAUUUUUAUCUUGUACUUUGUUACAAUGCACCUCUUCGGAGAAGUCUCUUUGGUUGGAACAUUUAGUAAGAACAGUUCAUUAAAAGAAAGAUGUGAUUUUGAAAAAAGGAAACUAUAGGUCUUACGAAUUAAUUUGCUUUCCCUAAAACUGUCUUUUAAGGCCCGUAUUUUGCUUUCUUAGUGCGAAAAUCUGCACAAGUUUGUCAGUUUUCACAAACGGACCAUACCAACCCCCGGUGAAGACGUUACGGUUGCGUAACGUCAGAAAAUCAAAUCGCUGUAGUUAGAAGUUAACUCUAGUGGCGACCGAUAAUUCGAUUUCCCAAAGAAAAGCGUAUAUUAAAUCAGAAUGAAGAUUUUAGCUGCGACUUUCUAUAAAACUACUUACAAAUAACCAAGAAUAAGCAAAGUGCAAUCCUCCACAGGGGAUACUCGUACAGACCAAAUGAUUCGGCCCACAUCAAACGCCUGAUGCCAUUCAACAAAAUGUAUGUUCAAAAGCGAGGGUCGCACCCAUGUACAACAACAGCUUCAAGUGUAAAGGGUGACAAAACAUAGAACAUAGGGCACGGCAUGCAAAUAAGUCGGAUAUAAAAAGACGGAGGCACGACGUCUAAAACAAUGGCUUUAAUGGUCUUGGCUUUCGAACUUGAGCAGGAGUUGAUAAUCAGAAACUGGUAAAGUGCAGCAAAGUGUGAACAUUUAUAUCGUUUUACCGUGAGGGAGGAUUACGUCCCAAAGGAUAUAAGUGGGGAAUUUUCAAACUUGUUCGAAAGAAGGUAAUACUAGUAUUCGUUUUCACUUUGUCUUACAAAGGGCAGCAAAUUCUGAACCUACUAGGUUUUAGUCCUUCGAGACACUGUGACGAUCGCACUAUUCGUGGAGUGUCCUGCGAUUCUGCAAAUUCUGUUCUCGGAUUUAAGGACAGACAGGAUCAAAGUGCCACCUCAGUGCUCCCCUCUGUGACGUCUAUGGAGGUAAGUCACACAAUAACUAGUUAGGCAGCAUUUUGUGGUGAAUUCUAGGUGGAGUACUUAAGAAAUCCCGCUUUGAAAGUCAGCUUGGUUGUUAGAUUUGAUGGAUUCCAGACGUUGCAAUAGGCUAAGCGGGUAACUUGACCCAAAUGUGGUUAAACCCACGUCUUCCGGUGGGGCCUCGUAGCCCAAGCGGCUAAAGUGUUGGCUGUACUGAAGCCUUCACCUUGCUGUCGUGGGUUCGAAUCCCACCGGGUGCCGAGUUUUUCACAUUCAAGUUGGUGUGAAGAAUAAUAUUAUUUCUUCUGGGCGUCUUUUCGCACUAAAACUCGAAGUCGGGGGUCUUGAUAAAAAAUACCCGAUAAUGAAGAAUCCUGGUGGAUAUUGUGAAACGUUGACUGCACAUAAACUUCAGUAAUUAGAUCAUGCUGAGUCGCACACACUCUGUUGCCCACUUUCCGUCAAAGGUGCUGAAGUCAAUGUCGUUGCCGCUCAAAUAAGGCCAACUUUCAAAAUGUUUAAUCUGUACUAUCUUUAUGAUGCUUUCGAAGCGCGAUCCGUAGUUUUCGCAAUCCUCCAUGUUCAGUAGAAUGUCCCAUAUCUUCCCAUUUCCAACAUUCCCAAUAUCACGCUGGGUGCGAUAAUUCAGCCUCGAAAGAAAACGCUCAUACUAAAGCAGGGAAUGUAUUCUAAACCCUGAUGCGCCAGGGCUUUUUAUGUUGAGAUGUGUUUCUGAAACUGCAUCUAGACAUACCACCAUGCGUGCUUAUCGAUUUCGUGUGCCACAAGAGGAGGUGGGCGCGGGACGUUAAGUUGCGCAUACAUUAGUUUAUAUCGGCGACCAACUUGCGCAGCGUCGUCCGCACUAUUUCCUCUCUCAUUCACCUGAGACAAUUGGAUAGACAGAGUCAGGAAUACCGAAGGUGUGCUCGGCCCCAACCAUGUUUUGUGCGCAUAAAUUGAAUGCCUAUUAGAGACUAGUAAUUGCGCUACAUAAUAUUACACGUGAUGCUACCAGUCUGCCGCUGUAGAAAGGUCCGAGUUAUCAUUUUUCCUACUUUUGUAGAAGCAUCCGCAAAAACCUGGCGAAGAUGGCAGGGAAAUAACGAAAAACAGUUUUUUGGUGUAUGGUGACGCUAUGAGGUCGCCUCGUGUACCUCAUAGGUUACGCACAACGUUGGCGUCUUCCUUUGAAAGCAUUUACGAUGCUGUCCUAGACCAAAGGUAACAGACGACAUUUCACUGUUCCCCGAAAAAUGGACAGUGGCCAGUUUAUCUAGACCUUAUUAAUGCAUGUCGUGAUGUUUUGGCAGUUUGUCAGUUAGGGCCGUAUUUUGAUAAAAGCAAACUUGUUUACAUAUUUUAAAAAAUUCUAGCAGUAUUGGGAGCAUCUUUUCUUACAAUACGCCCGGUGGUUCAUGUUUUAGAGGUGGACAUAUUGUCUACCCAGAAAAAUCAUAAGUAUGGACGAAAUAUUUUUCCCUUGGACUGGAAUUAGGUAUUCGGGCAAAAUGUGUAUUACACACGUCCGUCUCGCCAUGAACGCAGAGGAAGUACUGCGUGUGUGGCUAACUUUAGUAAUAUAUUAUUUGCAAACGUGAAGUGAAAACGUUUAAAACUCCGGUUUUAAUAUUCAGUAAACUCGUUCCUUUCGUGAUAACUUUGGCAUUGGAUACAUCCGAAGUCUUUAAGCCGAACUAAAAUAAGAGAAGUUUAAAUUCAUUCCGAAAAUUAUUGCAGAUAUACUACCAAAAACGUUUAAUUUCGUCGAUCCAAAACCGAAUAUUCGCCGUAAAGUGCUAGUGUAGAACAAUGUAAGUUUCUCCGAAACAUAGAAAGUUAUUAUUUUUAAAGAGAAAACUAAUUUUAAUCGUGCCUACUCCUUCGAUACUAUAUAUGAAAAUAAGAAAGCAUAAAGGCUUCAAUAAAAUAAUUAUUACGCUCAUAUCCCAAGAAUUUUUGAUGCGAUUUGCGUGUUUGAAAUGUCAUGUCAAACGCCCUUUAAUUUGAUCAAGCAUAAUGCAGCACAAUAAAGACUGUUAACAAAAUUGGCAUUGGCAAAUGCAAAUCAUACCUCAAAAUCCCUGACAUAUUCAUACCCACGCUUUUGUGAAAUACUAAAUACACGUAUUUGUGGAAGUUUUGGAAUGAACAUUAAAGAGCCACUGGGAGGUGGAAGUAAAAAAAGAAGAUUUUCACUUACAAUACCGUAAAAGUGGUCACAGCGCAGACUGGCUUAUGAAGUUAUCGAAUAAUGUUUUAGCCAUAAGGAUUUUAGGGAAAUUUUGCACGCAGUUUUAUUCCUUUAGCAUCCCGAUGCAUGCUAAUCGAAGUGACCUGUUUGUUUUUUUGUACUGUGGACCAGUUCUCUGCCGCCUGCCUCAAAGAAGUCUGACGGAUUUCUGAUCAAAAAGACGAGUCCUCUAUCAUGA